AUGGAUAUUUUUUCUCAAGGUUGUGUUAGGAAAAAAAAUUUGAGCUGUGGUAAUUCCAGUGCUACUUUUAAGGACAGGUUUAGGAUGAUACCCUAUGUGACAUUACCCAAAUACUAUGAAACUGUCAAAGUCACAAGUGCAACACAAUGUGAAUCUACUUGUUUCAAUAAUUGUUCUUGUACUGCUUAUGCUUAUGAUGGAACUGAAUGUUUAACUUGGACUGGAGAAUUGCUAAAUCUGCAACAGCUAUCUCAAGAUGAUCAUAGAGGAAGAAACUUGUUUAUCAAACUUGCUGCUUCUGACUUUCCAAGUGAUGACCAAGGCCAAAGGAACUUUUUGGCUCACUUGCAGAGUAGAGAUAACGAUUUGACAAAUGAAGAUGAUGACAAUAACAUCGAUAUUGUUCCAUUUUUUAGUUUUGAAAGCAUAUUAGCUGCUACAAAUCAAUUCUCAGAGGCAAACAUGCUGGGCCAAGGAGGGUUUGGUCCCGUUUAUAAGGGUAAAUUUCUAGGAGGACGAGAGAUUGCAGUUAAAAGAUUAUCAACUCAAUCUCGACAAGGCAUAGAAGAAUUCACGAAUGAAGUGUUAUUGAUCGCCAGAGUUCAACAUAGGAAUUUGGUUAAACUUUUGGGCUAUUGUGUAAAGGGCAGAAACGAAAAGAUUGUACUUUACGAGUUCAUGUUAAAUAAAAGCUUGGACACCUUCAUAUUUGAUCAACAAAAUCGCGCACUACUGGACUGGAAAAAGCGAUUUGAUAUUAUUGUUGGAAUUGCCCGUGGAAUGUCUUAUUUACACCAUGAUUCAAGGUUGACAAUCAUCCAUAGAGAUCUGAAAACUAGUAAUAUUUUACUAGACGAAGGAAUGAACCCCAAGAUUUCGGAUUUUGGCUUAGCAAGGAUUGUCCAAGGAGAUUAUACACUAGCAAAUACAACAAAAAUCGCUGGAACCUGUGGCUAUAUGUCUCCGGAGUACAUGUUGAAUGGAGUGUUCUCAACCAAGUCAGAUGUUUUUAGUUUUGGAGUAAUAAUACUCGAGAUUGUCAGUGGCAGAAGAAACACUGGAUUUUAUCAAUGCGAAGAAGCAAUGAACCUCAUACAAUAUGCUUGGAGACUGUGGACAGCAGAGAAGGCAAUCACUAUGGUUGAUGAAUCGUUACUUGAAACAUGUAACAUGGAUGAAGCACUAAAAUGCAUAAAUAUUGGUCUCUUGUGUGUACAAGAACACCCUUGUCAACGUCCCAGUAUGUCAAGCGUCAUAUUAAUGCUUGGGGGCGAAAGCAUGAUCCUUCCGAAACCUAACCAGCCAGCUUUUGUGGCUAGAACUGCUAUUUCUAGUAAAUCUACAACUUCGUAUACCAAGAAUGGGCUAACAAUUACAAUUGAACAAGGUCGAUAA